AUGGUCAAACCACUCACCUUCAAAGGCGACAAGCCCAAAAAGCGCAAGCAGCGCGACCCGGAAUCAGACAAGUCUACCAAAACCCGCAAGACCGCCGUCCCCGACGUCCCCGAGACCAACGACGACCCCGAAGACCAGAGCUGGGUGUCGGCCGAUGCGCCGAGCGACAUCGCCGGCCCGGUGGUCCUGGUGCUACCGUCCGACGAGCCAACGAGUGUGGCCAGUGACGCCAAUGGACAGGUCUUUGCCAGCACGUUGGAGAACCUGGUUGAGGGAGACCCGGGGACAGCGGAGCCGCAUGAUGUGCGGCAGGUGUGGGUUGCGACGCGGGUAGCGGGGACGGAGUCGUUUAGUUUCAAGGGGCAUCAUGGGAAAUACCUCGGUUGCGACAACCACGGCCUUUUCACCGCAACCGCCUCGGCUGUCUCCCCCUACGAAUCCUUCCUCGCAAUCGCCUCCCCGGACAUCCCGGGCGCCUUCUCCCUACAAACGCGCGGCGGCGACGCCGAGUCCUUCCUAAGCAUCAAAGACAGCGCGCGGGCGUCAUCUGGCGUGGAGAUCCGCGGCGACGCGACGACGAUCUCGUUUGAGACGACGCUGCGUGUCCGCAUGCAGGCGCGGUUCAAGCCGCGGAUCCGCGCGACUAAGGAGUCCAAGGCGUAUGAGAAGAUCAGUCGCAAGGAGCUGGAGGGGAUUGUGGGGCGGGCGCUGGAUGAUGAGGAUGUGCGGCGAUUGAGGCGGGCUCGACGCGAUGGGAAUUUCCAUGAGGAGGUUCUUGAUGUGCGGGUUAAGGGGAAGCAUGAUAAAUUUGCUUGA